GCACACAUAGUAGUCGGGGAGAGGCUUUGGGCCAAGGCUAGGGUUUGGUGUAUCGAACGCAGUGGCUCAAUCGGGGGAUGGCGAGCUCCAGGGCGUCGUCGCAGGUGAGCGCCUCCACUUGCUGGCAGCGAUGGCGGAUUCGUGAGCUCACCGGCGGCUCUCUCAGCUGCUUUUGCCCUUUUUUCGACGCUUCCAAUCUGCAUUCGCUCGAAUCGGUCCCCUUGCGCGCCGGGGAGAAGGAGGUAGCUUGAUCUUCCCCCUUGUUCUUGGAUUUCUUCCUCUCUCUCUUUCUCUCGCGAUAUUUCUCCACCCCCAAGCUUUGAUUCGUCCCCACCCUCCCUGUUGCGCUCGCCUUUUUCCUUUCCCUUGAGAAAUCUCCCUCGAUCUGGCUCUGGAGCCGCGCCUCCAAUGUGAGGGGGUGCCAAGGCCCGAGACGAAGAAGAAUUUGAUGGCGGCGGCCGUGGAAGCGUCCGCUGGCUCUUCGGCAGAAUCAGCAAAGAUGGUGGAGUCUGGGGGCAAGGGUUCGUCCAAAGCGCCGCCAGGGCUUAGCAUUAGCACCCCAAAGGGCGCAUGGUCUCAGGUGGUCCGCGGGAGCCAUACAAGCAACAUGGAGGGCGAGAACACGAGCGCCGCCGCCGCCACCGUCACUAGUCCUCAGGGUGGCCAGGAAUCGCCGGGCACUGGGGUGGAAGCUAGCAGCGCUGCCACCACCCCGACCAAGCCUGUGAAGCAAGCGUGGAAGAAGCCUACGAGUCCCAAGGAUUCUCCCGCAGGGCCAGUUAUGGGAGCUGUGUCUUGGCCAGCGCUGGGCGAUACCGCGGAGCAGAAGUCAUCUCUGGCUGCUACUCCAGAGGCUCAAAGCGAUUACCAGCUCCCAACAUCGCCUACCGUUGCCGCUGCUGCCGCCGAUGCGAGCAAGCUGAAGGGAAAGAAGCUUGCAGCUCAAUCGACGCCUUUGAACUCCGAGACGAAUUCUUUCGUUCCGAGUGUGGAGCGGGCUUCGAAGUUUAAUACGGAGUAUUCGAAGCCCAGUGCUGGAGGAGGAGGAGGAGGUCUUGGGACCGAGAGAGUUACUCCUAGGACUUUUCAUCAGCAAGGAAACAGUGGAAGCUAUCAGGGGAAUCGGCGGAACCCAAGGGAACCCAGACCGAACAACAACUGGAAUCCUCAACGAAACAACUAUGGAUAUAAUCGUCUGGGUCCGAGGCAUUAUCCGCCUCCUCAAGCUACCUACGUGAAUGUGAAUCCUGGAUUUCCUCCUACAGGAGCGAUGUAUUAUCUUUCGCCAACCGCUGCAAAUCCCAUGCACGGUCCUGGAUUUUAUGCCGCUCCAACUCCACUUGUACCCGUCCCCGACCAUGCGUCUCUCAGACAAAUGCUGGUCAAACAGAUCGAAUACUACUUUAGUGUUGAGAACUUGUGCCGUGACAUAUUUCUUCGCUCGAAUAUGGAUCAUCAAGGCUUUAUACCAGUUUCAACGAUCGCAUCUUUCAAUAGAGUGCGGUCCUUGACGUCGGACACGAGCAUUAUUCUGGAUGCUCUACGGAAUUCCGCGGUGGUCGAAGUCCAGGGGGAUAGACUUCGGAAGAGACACGAUGGAGCGUCCUGGGCGCUCCCUGCAGACAAUUCGCAUAUGGUACCCACUCGAUAUGUGUACGAAGCCGUGGCAACUGGAGCGGAAGAACACACAUUUCAGGGCGUGAGAAACGGCGACAUUGAACAGAUCCCAAACCACGCCCCGAAACCGAAGGCUGGUGGUCUAACAAACGCGUUUGCAGGCAGUAGCUCUGCUAACAACAUGGAUCAGACCUUCAAGAUGGACGAGGAGUUUGACCACUCGGAUACGUACAGCCACGAUGACGGCGAGGAAGAUGAUUCGGAUGUGAAAGAUCACGAUGUUCAACGAUUAUUUAUUGUGACUCAGAAAGGCAAGAACAUCAGAAGUUCUGAGAGCGGACAGUGGAAGGAAGGACUUCCAGAUGAUUUAGCUGAACUUAUUAAUGACGGGCUGUACUACUACGAACAGAAGCUAUCGAAGGAGGAAGCAAGUGUAGGAUCAAUUCCCACAGCGGAGGCGAAUGGCAAAUUGCGAACGAGCUCGCGUCCUGGUCGGCAGCGAUUGUUUCCUUCGAAGGAACGAAAGCACUAUGCAGAGAGUCCUCCAAGUGAUUCUGUUGGGUUCUUUUUCGGUACGACACCAGCAGACGUUCAAAGUGUCUCGGCGUCGAUUGCUACUUUGUCCGCUGCUAGCCCACCUGUGGGGUCGAUACCGAAGCCUUUUCCACGUUUCCAACAUCCGAGUCAUGCUCUGCUUGAGGACAAUGGCUUCAAGCAGCAAAAGUACAUCAAGUUUUUCAAGCGUUGCAUGGCGGACCGCAAGCGAGUCGGCAUGGGUUGCAGUGAGGAAAUGAACACCCUCUUCAGAUUUUGGUGCUAUUUUCUGCGCACGAAUUUCAAUCGUGUAAUGUACAAACAUUUUCGUAGUUUGGCUGAGGAAGAGUUUCAAGCAGGCUUUAGUUACGGCAUGGAGUGCCUUUUCAGAUUCUACAGUUAUGGGCUGGAGCAGAAGUUCAAGCAAGACCUGUACGAAGAUUUUGAGCAGCUGACGCUGCAGACUUACAAGCAGGGUAGCCUUUACGGCCUCGAGAAAUACUGGGCUUUCCAUUUCUAUCGCGAGAAGAGCAGUAAGAACGCUAGCUGCGGAGUCGAAACGUUGAGCAAGCAUCCGGAGCUAGAGCGGCUGUUGAGCACCGAGUUUCGGACGCUGGAAGAUUUCCAGCGAGCAAAGGGUGUGGCGGUGCCUCCUCCGGCACCGUCGGUGGAGAAGUAUGGAGUGGUGGCCAACGCGAAUGGCUGGUAAGCAAAACGAAGGUCCAUCUCCUCUUUGGAAGAGCUCAAAUCAAGAGAGAAGCAGCAAUCCAUCACCAGGCAGAGAAAAGAUCGAUCGUCUUCGUCUUCGUCUUCGUCAUUGGAGUUCGUCUGAUUCUCUGGAAUAAAAUCGCGGCGGCGAAGAAGAAGAAAGAACAAAGAAGAAAGAAAUUUGGUGGUGGCUUUGUGUUUUUUGGGGAGGUGACAGUGCUUGUUUUAGGCGAAAGUUUGUGAGGACGAUUUCACUACUCGGCAAAAAGAAAAAAAAAAGAAAACAAAAAAAGAA